AGAAAUAUUUCAAUUUCAAUUCGGAAAUGUGGAAAGUGCGAGUUAGGCUGCGAUUUAAAUAAUUUUUGUUUGUGAAUGUUUUUUUUUAUUUUAUUUGGAAAAAAUUCAAUGUAAUUAAUUGAAAUAUCAGAUGUGUCUUCAUAUUAGCAAAUUCAUAUUUAUUUUACUAAAAUAACAUGACUCGUUUUGUAAUUUGCGUCGCCUUACGUCACCGGAAGUAGACGGCGGCGGUUGUGAGACGCUGUUUUGAACAACAUUGAGCGUUUGCUGCGGGAAAUUUAAGAUAAGAUCGCAUUUUUUAAGUUUAAAACACCAGUUUUAGCAUUAUGAAUUACAGAAAACGAGCUGCGUUGUACCCACGAGUUGUUAUAAAACCGAAUCGCAAUAUGAAUAUAAUGUAACUUGAUUAGCUAAUCGCCUUCAAGUGUAAAUAACGUACGCAAAUCAGGCGAGGUCUUCUCAAACCCUACAUAUUUCGGAAUGAUAGAUCAUGUUUAUAAUUGAUUCAUCAUGGACGACUCGGAUCAGGAUUUCACCGACCUCUGCUCUCGUCUCCUGAAACGAGUGAGACGGAAAGGAGCCGGAGAUGAGAAGAAGCCAGCAUCCAGAGAUGAAGAGGCAUCCUCCUCCUCUCCAUGCAAAAAUCCCCCUAAGAGGAGAAAAAAGACUAUUAAGGGAAUUAAGACCGAAAUCAAGAGAAACACGACUCAGGUGGGUGAUGUUUCACAGCCAGCCAUUGUUGUACCAGGGACAGUGAAGGCAAAGGAUGCAGUGCUCCAGAGGAUGCAACAGUUUAAGAGAGCCAGUCCAGAGAGACUCCUGCAUGUGGACACCAACCAGCCCAUAACUACAGAACCUGAUGGAAACCUCCAGCACACAGAUGAUGUGAGCAGCGAUGAAGCUCUGGCUCUUCAGCUUCAGCAGGAGUUGGAUCGCGAGUCUCAAGCUGAUGAAGAUGGAGGCUUGUUCUUCUGCCAGCUUUGUCAGAAGGACCUGACAGCCAUGAGUCCCCAGCUACGCACUCAACACAUUAACAGAUGUCUGGAUGCGGUUGAGGUCAGCGCUCCUUCUGCAUCCCAUCAUUCUCAUCCCCGACCACAUGUCCCAGCAUGCCCCAUAUGUGGAAAGUGUUUUAAAUCGGAGAAGAGUCGGUCUGUUCACCUAAAGCGAUGCUCGAGUGAUUUAGGUGUGUCGCCCAAUGAUCUGCUCCAGGCUUUGAGAAGGCAGGCUACUGAGACCGUGAGUGACGGCACCACCGACCACUCCCGACAAGAUUGUGUCACAAAGAGGAAGAACGGUGUGCCCACAAAAAAGAAAUCUAAAAGGAAAGGCCAGCAGAUAGACGAGGACACCAUGGUGGCGAUGGCUCUGUCUCGCUCUUUACUUGAGCAGGAGAGAGAAACGCAGCGAGAGAUGGACGAGGAGAGAGAGAUACAGGCUCAACUAUCAAGUCCUCCUCCAAAGGUGCCUCCUUUGCUACAGUGGAGACCUGCAGCCGGAAAGGGACGUGGAAAGAGAAGAAAGGGUGCGUUUCCGGCACAGCCACCCCUGCUUCUCAUACAGGACCCUCAGACAGCCCUGAACCGUCUACAGGAGCGCGUCUCCUCUCUUCUGCUCAGUUCGAGACCUCCCUCUCCGCCAACACCCACCUUGUCCCCAUCCGCCCUCCCUGUCAGUUCUCACGCUCCCCUUUGGGUCAAAAGCACACUGCACGGUGGAGGACCAGACUCGAGUUUAGAGUUUUACACUUCUGAACUCAGCAACUUUAUAACGCCAUUAAUCGCACCGGAGAGGGAAAAGUUAAAGUCUGUUGAAGUCACUCCAGUAAAGGAACCUCCAUCAUCGUCCUCAGAAACCAUACAGAAAAAGUGUACGGGUCAGAGCCCGGCACAGCACCGGUCAGCUCCGUCUCCUUUAACGACAUGUUCGGGUACACCAGGCACCCAAGCCCUGCAGGACCUGAUGGAGCUGGCGGAGGAGGGCAUGACACUCACCCAGUAUGGAUACACCGUGCACACAGUCGCAGAUAAGGACGAUGCUGCGAAUGAACUUACUUCAAGCGGUUUUGUUCCAGAGAAAAAGCACAUCAAGACCACCUCCGUGUCUGUUUCAAAGCUCGCAUCAGAUCUGAGCAGUAUGGUGAACAACCCGCAGCUGAGCGAUGUACAGUUACAGGUGGACAGUGGAGAUGUCUUCUUCACUCACUCCUUUAUGCUGUACACACGAUGCCCCCUGCUGGCCAAUAUGGUUCAUGACUCUGGUUUUGGAGUUCAGGAGGAGGGUAUGCCUGCUGCUCAGAGGGUGUUGUUGGGUGACGUACCCGGAGUGGCAGUGUUGGCCCUCUUGCAAUACCUUUACACUGCUCACUGUCCUCUCACAUACACACUGCUGCCACAUGUACAACAGUUGUCCAAUAGGUUUUGUUUGCCUGAGCUGCAGCAGCAAUGUGAGGAUUACUCUGGACGCAGCGAAGAAGACUCGAGAGAAUCCGACGGCAUGUUUUCAGCUCAGGAGCCUCAUCUCAAAGACCAAGAAGACCAAAACCUAGCAGAGAGCAACUUCUUGGAGCUUCUCCAGUCAAUGUGGCAACAUGAGGACAGUGAAGGAGAGGAUGAAUUUAAGGAAAAUUCAAGAGGCGUUCAAGAGGAAGCUGUCGGAGAGUUGAAGGAUGAUAGGGUGGAUGAAGAGGAACUUGAGGAGAUCUACGAGUUUGCCGCAACCCAGAAGAAGAUGGAAACGGUGACAGAGACAGAAGACGACGAGGCAGAUGCGAACAAAUCCAUCGGUAAUGAAAAGAAUAAGACAUUAUGUGAGAAGUCCGUCACCAGUUUACAUAGUAAUGAGCAAGACGUUGAUGGGACAGAGGCUGCCAUAGUAACAAGUCCUGCGAAGAUUCAUCAAAUCCCAAAUCCAAACACUGGAACACCUGAAGUUUCUUUGCUUUCAGAAUCAAAUGCUCUUGGAAACACAAAUUUAGACAAGAGUUAUGACCGUUUGUUUUCCCAAUCUGUGGGGGAAUACACCGAACCAACAAAGACCCCAACAUCCCUCCCGCAACAACAUUACAAGUCAUCACACGCACUACAGCCAAACACACCUUUAUUUCGCCCCUCGUGUGUUAGUGAGGUCAUUGACUUGUCUAUUAGUCCUCCACCAAGCUCAGAUGUGUCGGGUGUAUCUACUUUCCCUGUACCUGGUGUGUCUCCUGUUCCAGAUUAUUGUGAAGAUGGAGGCCAGCCAGGAAACAAAAAUACAGAAAAAAACUCAGAAUCACACAGCAAACAAGUUGAACUCAUUGUACUGUCUGAUUCUGAUGAAGAAAUGGAUGUCGACCACAUUGCUGCUAUCAUUAAACCAGAGGAGGAUGGUGUGACCCCUCAGUCCCCCACUAGAUCUCUUUCGGAGUCCAAAAGCAAGGGUACACAAAACACAUCUGCAUCCCAAGGCCAUACUGGCACAGAAGCGGACCAAUCAGAGCACCCAGACGUUACCAACGAAAGUGCAUUCGAUGGCUCUGCCGAAGUUUCCUGGCUCAUUCCGGCCACCCCAGUACAAGUACGCAGCAGCUCCAGUCAAACCUGCGUCAGUAUGCGCCGAACCCAGCUCUUUCCCAAAUCUUGCUCUUCAUCUUCAUCAUCUUCUUCCGCUAUUGACCGCUCAAAACACUCUGCUCACUUGUCUUCCUCAAGCAUCCCAGAGCCCAAGCAAGAUCAGAGUCCUGCUUUAGGUUACCAAACACCCCUUCACAAUCUCAAACGGUCUCAAAUCACAUCCAAACUUCCCUCUGAUGGCUCCCACACCGGUAUUAUCAUUGGAUCAUGUGUCCCACAACCCUCAAGUAGCACUCCACUUCAUUUAGACUCUUCUCUACAAAGGCACAUCCCAUUCGGUUCCCCUAUGGACUGUAAAGUUAACCACAUGGAUAACAGUAACUUCUCUCUUGGCCAGGUGAAAGAAGGCCUACUUUCUCUCCAACUCAGUCAUUCGGAAAGUUCUCCAUCUCCUUCUAAAACACCGGAGAAGAAACAAAAUCUUGGUGCGUCCUCAGACUCUCCGAGUUAUGAUCCCGACAAGUCAAGAGAGAACCGGUAUGAAGAGUUAAAAACAAUGGAAGUAACAAGUUCUCCUUCUGAAACAUCAGAGAAGAAACAAAAUAUUGGUGCGUCCUCAGACUCUUCGAGUUAUGAUCCCGACAAGUCAAGAGAGAACCGAGAUAAAGAAUUCAAAACAAUGGAAGUAAUAAGUUCUCCUUCUACAACACCAGAGAAGAAACAAAAUAUUGGUGGGUCCCUAGACUCUCCGAGUUAUGAUCCUAACAGGUCAAGGAAGAACCGGGAUGAAGAGUUAAAAACAACGGAAGUAAUCGAUAAAGAUCAAAACCAAGAUGUUGUAGGAGUGUUAGGUGUUGCCCAAGCUAGUUUUUGCAAUUUGGAUGAGCCUCCCAUAGCGUUCGAUGACUCGUGGGGUUUAGAUGGAGUGCUGGAAAGCCAAAAGCCUUGCUUUAGUCUAAAACUCGACAGCAGUGAUGGUACAGCGAGUCCACUGAGUACAAACCACAUGGCAAGCCCACCCAUCACACCUCCUCUGGCUACUGGAGCUCAUACCGAAACCCCAGAGCCGUCACCGGCAGGUCAAUUCAAUCACAGCUUACCUGACCCUGACAUGUGGGAUGACUGGGAGGAGAAUGAGGAACCACCACUUCCUCUUUCACAGAGAUUAGCGCCUCCCUCUGCAAAGAGAGUCGCUGAACUCAAAACACCAGUGGCUUGUCGAAAUAAAAAUAAAGGACCUUUGGUACCCAUCACUCCUAUGCCAGGCUACUCUGAUAUGGACACACCUGAGCUGAAAAACAAACUCAACAGGUUUGGUGUGCGUCCGCUGCCUAAAAAGCAGAUGGUUCUGAAGCUGAAGGAGAUUCAUCAGUACACCCACCAGCUGCAGAGCUCAGAAUCAGAGGAGGAGAUGUCUCCUCUCCGACACCUCCCGUGUACCUCCAAAUCCGUUCAACUCUUUAAGCAGCCUACAGCGCCCCCUGCCGCCUCUCCAGUUAAACUGCAACCAAAUGAUGUAGAUGAUCAUUUAUCAUCCUCGCAGAACUCAACCACUUCUUCAAAUGCAGACUCGGACAGGUCAAAUCCAGAGCUGUGCGUGUCUGAAGACGAUGACUCUGAUACUGAAGGUAUCACAGCGUCUCAGGCUGUCGUACGUGAGAAGGACAAAAUUCUUGCCGUUCGACAGUUUAUCAUGUCUGAUCCAAAACUGUACAAACGGGUGCUGCAGUACCAGCCUCUACCUCUGGGGGAGCUGCGGGCCAGUUUGAAAGCAGCGGGCAUCAGGUUGGGUGCCGCCAAGCUGCUAGACUUCUUGGACUCGCAGUGUAUUACUUUCAGCACGGCCAAACAGGGUCAAAGCACCUCUUCACGAAGAAAACAGAGACGUAAAGCAGCGACCAAUGGUCCUGCUGGUACAGCUGGAAGGGGAAGGAAGAAAACAGCCAAGCCACAUGGAGUAGGAUGAGGGAAAUGAAGUACAGGUAAAACAUGAGCUGAAAGCAGGUUGUAUGUAUGCCAUUGAAUAAAUUCUGCUGUAAACAUAUAGUAUGAUUGAAUGCAUCACGUUCGUUCAGGGAUGGCAACCAUUUGAAAGGAUUCAGACGCAUUUGUGUUUGUAUAAUUUAUAUGAUGUUUGACAUGAAAAUAUAUUUGAUUUAUUGAAAUAUUACAUUAUGAUUUCUUAAAACACAUCUUGCUUCCAUAUAUUCAUUCAUACAUAUACAACUGUAGUGGUUGGUUGACAGUUUCUCUAAACAGCACUUUAGAUAUGUGACCCUGGACCGCGAGUCAGGCAACUAUUUGAAAAAACUGGAAUCUCAGGAUGCAAAAAUUGAAAUAUUGAGAAAAUCGCCCAAAUGAAGUCCUUCACUGCAAAAAAUGAUUUUCAAGAAAAAAAAAGUCUUAGUAUUUUUGUCUUGUUUUCAGUAGAAAUAUCUAAAAAUUCUUGAAUGAAGAUGCUUUUUCUUGAUGAGCAAAACGACCCAAGAAAAUAAGU